GUUUGCAGUUCGCGGGCACAGAGAGUGUCUCUUUUUUGUGGUAGUCAGUUCAGAGUCGUCUGGAAAGCAAAAUAAAAAAAAAUAUUACAAGUCUGGGACGAAAACAAUCUCCACUUGCGAAUUUCUGAGUCAUCCCGGAGCGGUUCCAGCGGGGGAAUCCACCCUAGUUUGGGGGAUGUGAUCGUGCCAGCGAGACGUGCAGGACUUUGGGACCAAAGGGUUCACAGGAAGUGAGUUGUGGUCUGCUGAUUUCGCUCAAGGCCACCCCCAACCAGUCAAAAGUAAUUACUUUGCCGUGGUCGAGCUCGAGGGGAUAUGGUUGGGAUGAGCAAUUUCUUUCUGGAUCCACCCCUGCUCGGCGGCAUCAGCGCGGCGGAUGCCAAACGGCACGAAAUCGAGCGCAAGACCCUGUCCGACGAGCUGCUGGCCGUGGUCAAAGAGUGCCAGAAGAAGUACGGCAGCAAGACGGAGCUCGCGACGGAGAAUGAUUCGAGAAUCGUCCUGCUGUGCGACACCUGGGAACGGGUGCUGACGCACGGGCUCAAAUCCAACAGCUCGGUGCUGAAAAACGUUACGGAUCUGAUGGCUGGCGGCAGCCAAGAGGUUCCCGUCUUCUGGGACUUUGCCUACAAACACCUCACGAACCACGAGAAGGAGCGCUUCUCGACGCUGCGGCACGUGUGGACCAAUGGCGGCAAGGGAAAGUCGCUGCUGCGAGCCGUGCUGAACGAAAGAGCGCUGGAACGGUACAUGCUGAUGUGGCUUGGGGAUGAGAAAAUAUUGGAGGAGAGUUACGAAAGUUGGGCGUUGAUCAGGGACGGGGAAUUUGCCGGACUCUUGCCGAACAUGGCCGCCGGGUUGAGGACGAUUCUGUUUGCGAUAUCAAUCGACGCUCCGGAACUGAACGCUCCCACCAAGGUCCGUCCGAUUAAGGUCGAACCCAUCAUAGCCGCGCCUCCUCCGGCACCUCCCGCUCGUAAGAUCAACGCCGUCCCUCGGGAGAUCCUCGACGAGCCCAGCCAGCCGGUCCUGAACCUGUCCUCUUCACCCACCAUCAGCAGUUCCCAGCCUCGACGACCUCCGGCAACGUCCAGCAUCGACAUCAUCCGGGAGUACACCCACGUGGAGCGCGAACAGGCGGCCUACUCCGUCGAGGAUGCCCUCAACAGUCUCUCUAUCGGUCGGCAGAGGAGCCGCGAGUCGACCGGUCCUCCAACCGGCCAGACCGCCCGGAGUCCGGACAACGCGCUGGAAGCUUCGGAAGACAGUAUUAUGUCGCUGGACGUGUCCAACGUGACCACGUCGACGCUCAACACCUCCAGCACGUCCUGCUCGGAAUCGUCGGCGACGCAGGACAUUGGGGAAGAGCACGAUCCGGAACGGUGCACGGCGCUGGUGGACCGACUCAAGCGGAAGCUGACCGACUCUGAGGAACGCUGCCAGAUGCUGGAGGCGCGAGUGGCCGAACUGAGCUUAGAAAACCACCGCCUCCGGAUGCUGACCCGCCCGAACCGGCUCUCGAUGAUGCACUUCCAAAUCGUGAUCCCGAAGGCGAUUCUCCGCACGCCGGUGAGCGGCCGACGGCGGGCGCACUACUGCUACGAAAUCCGGAUAGCCCCGGCCAGCGCGACGGGCCCGGACACCGAAACGUGCUGGUCCGUGUUCCGGCGGUACAGCGAGUUCCUGCGGCUGCACAAGCGCCUCCAGAAGGAGCACCCCACCGUCAAGACGUUGGACUUUCCGCCAAAGAAGAAGAUCGGGAAUAUGAAUCCUCAAUUCGUGGAGCAACGGCGCCAGCGAUUGCAGGUUUAUCUGAACAGCCUGUUCAUCACCGUGCUGCCGGAGGUGUCCGCGUGCAACACCCGGUCACAGCUGGAGGCGGCGUUCCCAUUUUUGAGCGAUGCACGUUUGUAGAGCGAACGAAAUAGAUUUGUAGGAAAUAAAAAAGUGUAUUUAACGAUAUUUUCGAAACCAGCAGCGUGGAUAUUAUCAGAAAAAAAUAAUUCAAUGAAUUUAAUACCGAAGUAAGCGGAAAGUGAUGAUCAAACUUCUUUACGGAUAAGUUGUAAUGGGGCUUAAAGCAAACGAAAAUAUCCAUGAAAAUAUCUUACCCAUAUAGCAUAUUCAAGUGACUAAACAAUUUUUGUUUGGGAUGUUUCGACGACCAUCACUUCAUUAAUCGUGUAUACUUCACAAACAAAGUGUUUCGUGUUAGCUG